UGGCAGCCUUGUGGCGAACUGCAGCAAAUACGCAGAAAAAAUACGCAAUUCAAUAGUAAAUAUUUAUACAAAGAUCUAAUAUUGUUGAAAAACUAUAUUUAAUGCAUUAUGGACUCCAAACGUGAGAGAAAGUCGUCUUUGGCACCACUUUCGCCAUGUCCAAUUCCGGACAUUACGGACGAUGAGCUCGUUACGAUUUCCGUACGAGAUCUGAACCGUACACUGAAAAUGCGUGGUCUCAACCGGGAGGAAAUUGUGCGCAUGAAGCAAAGGCGUCGCACACUUAAAAAUCGCGGCUAUGCAGCCAGUUGUCGAAUUAAACGCAUCGAACAAAAGGAUGAAUUGGAGACGAAGAAAUCGUAUGAAUGGACUGAGCUGGAGCAAAUGCACGAGGACAAUGAACAAAUACGUCUGGAUGUUGGUAAUUGGAAGAACAAGUACAAGGCAUUGCUGCAGUUUGCCAUACAAAAUGAGAUACCCAUACCUAGUGAGCUGGAAGGCUGCUGAAAAUGCUGCACAAGUAAAUCCAAUCACAUUCCAGUUGCAUUCGCAAUAAAUUAAAUCAAAAUCAAAACACCUGUCAUCAUAGUACAAUAGCUGGAAUUUGAUUUGUAAUACUCUUAUCUAUCAACCACUUGACUUACAUUUUAAUAAAACUUUGUACAUGAACAACCAAA